AUGGCAUGGCGAUUCCAAGCUUCAAAAUUUAAGAAUACCACUCCAAAGAUUCCGAAGAAAGAAGAUACAAUUUUUGAUCUCCCCACAGGAAACCUUUGUUGUACAAAUAAUGGAAUCCAAGCUAAUCAGAACUACUUAGCUUUCGCCAUUGAAGGAGAAGGCGGUAAAUUAGGAAUAUUGCCUGUUGGAGCCAAGGGCCGUCGUUUGAGGAAAGAUAUUGGCAUCAUUUGUGCUCAUGGAGAUCUGAUUGAUGACUUCACUUUCAUGCCAUUCGAUAAUGAUACUCUUGUAACUUGCAGUAGAGAUGAUAAGCUCAAAGUUUGGAAGAUUUCUGCAAGUGAAGAGCCUAUUCAAAGUGAAUUAGCCUGCGAAAUUGAUGUAGGAAACGGUGUGAUGUUGGACUCUUUGGCUCCACAUACCACAGCUUCUGGACUUGUCGCUGCUUCUUCUUCAGGAUCUUCUUAUUUGAUCGAUUUAGAAGAGAAAAAAGUAGUUCAAGAAUUAGGUGGAGUGAUCGAUAAAGGGGUUUCCCUUUCAUGGAGCCCUGAUGGUAGGCUCUUAGCUGUAAGUUGUGAUCGCGGACGUCAAGGCUGUAUUUAUGAUGCUCGUGCUGGAUCUGAUCCGAUUAAAACAAUGUCUCUUCACCAAGGAAUGGGAAGAGAAGGAAGAAUUCUGUUCUGUGGAGAUCGCCUACUCUCCAGUGGAUUUACUAAUAAACGAGUUCAAGAAGUACUUAUUUAUGAAACUAACAAGUGGGACUCUCCAGUACACACACAGGAGUUUGUCUCUACAACCGGAGUUCUAAUUCCACAUUAUGAUGAAGAUACUAAACUUGUAUACCUUGCUGGCAAGGGAACCAAUAAGUUAUUCUUGAUGGAAAUGCAAGAGAGACAGCCUCUCUUAUCUUCUGUUUACGAAACAACGUUUGCUGAGCAAACCUUAGGAUCAUGCUUAGGAUCGAAAAGAUCUACUAACGUUAUGGUAGGAGAAGUUGAUACUUUCUAUCAGUUGACCAAGACCUCAAUUCUCUCUGUCCCGUGCAUCGUACCUCGUCGAUCUUACCGCGAGUUCCACGCUGAUCUCUUCCCCGAUACUAUGGGAAACGAAGCUGGCUGCUCUUCCAAAGAUUGGUUGAACGGCAGUGACAAAAUGCCUGCUAAAGUUUCGCUUUCACCUGUUGGUAACCCAUCUCCUCCUCCUCAAGAACCUACUCCUCCAAAACAAGAGCAACGAGUUGCUCCUGCUCCUAGAAGCGUUGCAACAGAAGUUCAGGAACCCAAGCCAAUUGCUACUGUCAAGCCUGCUGUGAAGGAGAUUGUUUAUCCAGAGCCUAGCGCACCACACACUGCUCAGAAAAAAACUGUCCAGAUAAAAACCGAAGACUCUGCCAAAGAGAACGAAAAACCUAUGUCCACUCCAAUCGCAGAACCCGCAGUUGUUCGACUAAGAACUUCACCUCCUUCUGCCGGAGGUUCGAGACCACUCUCGUCUCGUGAACGACCCAAAUCAUGUGUCGUUGGACUUGUUAGAUCUAAAUUCCGUUAUGUAGAAACUAUUGUUGGAAUCAAAGCCAACAAUUCCGUAUUUAGUAAUCUAAGAAAUGUCAACACAAGACUUCCUCCUGAGUGCAACGGUGCUUGUGCCGGCGGACAGUUUGUUGCUGUCCCAUUGAGUGGACCAGCUGGAGUUGUUGGAAUAUACAACAUCGAUGAACCUUGUAAACUGCCCGAUGGUGUAAUGGAUGGAAUUUUCAAUAAGGCGCCAGUCACUGAUUUGAAAUGGAAUCCUUUCGAUGAUGGAGAGCUUGCCUGUGGAACAGACGCUGGAGUCAUCAAUAUUUGGAACUUCUCAAAAACUGAUGGAGCUCGAAAUGAAAUGGAACCUUCUAAGGUCAUCUCUAUCGGAGGUGAAAAAGUUUCUUGCCUUGCUUGGCAUCCAAUGGUUUCUGGACUAUUGGCUGUAGCGUUGGCUGAUGCUUCCAUUGAACUUUGGGACGUGAAGAACUGCGUUAAAAAAUUGAAAGUCUGCUCACAUACUGGAUCCAUUCUCUCAAUUACUUGGAGUGCUGAUGGGCGUUUCCUCGCAUCCCUAGGAAAAGAUCUCAUGCUAAAUGUCCAUCAACCUCAGUUAGGAGAAGAUUGCUUGAUUCGCCAGAAAAAAAUGCUCGAAAACGCUCGUGCCGCUAGAGUUCUUUACGCUUGUGAUGACCGUGCUAUCAUUGUUGUUGGUUUCACUAAGAGCUCAACAAGACAAGUCUACCUUCUUGAUUCUCAGAGCUUGAGUCAAAUUCACGUGGAAAUUAUUGAUACAGCAACUCAACCUCUCAUCCCUCAUUACGAUUAUGACACUAAUGUCCUCUUCUUGAGUGGAAAGGGAGAUCAGACAUUGCGCAUGUUUGAAGUCUGUUAUGAUUCCCCUUACUUCCUCUCGCUCACAGACUAUAAGGGAGAUUCUGGAUGCCAGUCUAUAGCUUUCCACAACAAGAAAGUUUGUGAUGUGAUGGCAGUUGAGUUCCAACGUGGAUGGAGGCUGAGCGAAAAGAGCUUAGAGUUGAUGAUCUUCCGAGUUCCACGAGUAAAGAAGGAUGGCUUCCAAACAGACUUGUUCCCUGAUGCACUAGUUACUUGGGAACCUACAUUGACCAUGGAUGAAUGGUUCGAUGGAGAUGAAAGAGCUCCCAUGUUCCGCAGUUUGAAACCAAAUGGAGUUGCUUCAAUAAAUUCAGCUCCUCCUGUCUUGACUCAAUUAGCGAAGAGGUCGAACAUUCCCGACACAACAGAUAAGAAGGUGGAGGAGACGGAAGUAAAGAAGCAGGUUGAAUCAAGCUGGUCAGACCAAAUUGUGAAGGAUGGCACAUUGGAACAAGAUAAGAUGGAGGGAGUAGCCGAAGAAGAAUGGCAUUAA